CACCACGACCUAUAGUUUCUCUUUAUUUUUUCUAAAUUCACUUGGAAGUUGAAACAUAUAUUUUUUGUAAGAAAAUUCAUCUGUGUUAUCACCCAAGGAAGCACAUAUUUUACAAACAUAUGCUGUGUUUUACCGUUCCACAUGACUAUAAAUCCAUCUUUUCAAAAAAAAAAAAACAUAACUAUAAAUCCAGAAGCUUAGAAAUACUUUUUACUUUAAAUAAUAUUUAAAAGAUGAAAUUUCAAUGCCUAAGAAAAUUCUUUUAGUAUAUAUGUCGAGGCCCGAAUAUUAGGUCUUAGUUAGGACCCACAUUUGUUUCCCCGCCUAUAAAUUUCUCAAAUCAAAUCCCGUCAAACACAUGCAGCAGAAAAACACACAAACACGUAUUCGAGUUAACACAUACACAAGAAAAAAUCCUUGUUUAUUGUUCAAUAUUAUAAACUCUAUACACAGACACACACAUAUUUAUGGAACAAGGAGGUCGUGGCAGCGGUGGAGGUGAGCAAGGAAAGUACCGGGGAGUUCGAAGACGGCCUUGGGGAAAAUAUGCGGCGGAGAUACGCGAUUCGAGGAAGCAUGGUGAACGUGUAUGGCUUGGAACGUUUGAUACUGCGGAGGAAGCAGCUAGAGCCUACGAUCAAGCAGCCUACUCCAUGAGAGGCCAAGCCGCGAUUCUAAAUUUCCCUCAUGAGUAUAACAUGGGUAGUGGUGGUGCGGCCACAGUGGCUGGAUCUUCGUCCUCCUCCGCUUCUUCUUCUAGGCAAGUUUUUGAAUUUGAGUAUUUGGAUGAUAGUGUUUUGGAGGAACUUCUCGAGGAUCGAGAGAAUCCCAACAAGAACAACAUUAACAAGGGAAAGAAGAAGUGAGUGAAAUGUUAUUCGUCAUCACUUAUCACAAAAUCAACAAAAUUUAUGAGAUAAUUAGUAUAUACAAAUAAACUACAUGCAAUGAUCAUAUGACCAUGUUUGGAGCAUUAGGAACCACUAUGUUUUUCGAAUGAAAGCGACCGAAUGGUGGUGUCCUAUUUUACUUUUCUGGAAUAUGUGAAAUGAUUUGAAAAGCAUGUCAAACUAUACAAGACAUGUUCUGAUGAUUGUUUAGAAUGCAAACUUUAUGAUCUUAUAUGCCUCAGAUCGUGAUCGUGAUGAUAAAUAAAGAAAUAUAGCAAUUGCUAUUGUUUUU